UCUUCCAGCUGAGGAACCUCUGGAUCGUUUCUUCUUCUUCUUCUUGGAGCUUCAUCAGCAGCAGCGUCCGUCAGCGGCCAUAUGUAAUUUAUCCUCAUUCAUUCAGCGCCACACGGACUCUGCGGCCUUUUGUUUGCGCCACUCUGCGGGUUUUGUGCGCGGGGAAAGCUGCGUGUUCGUGCCGCUUCGUGGUUCCCGGUGAGUCGGUGAGGCUCCGUCCGUCGCAGGCUGGGUGGUGACCGGCAGCACGAUGAUCGAGCGACCAGAGACUGCGGUUCCCAGCAUCGCUCAGAGGAACCUGGAGGGCUACGUCGGCUUCGCCAACCUCCCCAACCAGGUUUACCGCAAGUCGGUGAAAAGAGGCUUCGAGUUCACGCUGAUGGUUGUCGGUGAGUCUGGUCUUGGGAAAUCAACGCUCAUCAACUCCCUGUUCCUGACCGACCUGUACUCCAAGGAUUAUCCUGGACCCUCCCAGCGCAUCAAGAAGACCGUGCAGGUGGAACAGUCCAAAGUGCUGAUCAAGGAGGGCGGCGUCCAGCUGACCCUCACCAUCGUGGACACGCCGGGGUUUGGAGAUGCCGUGGACAACAGCAACUGCUGGCAGCCAGUCAUCAACUACAUCGACAGCAAAUGUGAGGAUUUCCUGAACGCCGAGUCGAGGGUGAACCGCAGAUCGAUGCCGGACAACAGAGUGCACUGCUGCCUGUACUUCAUAGCGCCCUCUGGACACGGUCUGAAGCCGCUGGACAUCGAGUUCAUGAAGCGACUCCACGACAAAGUCAACGUCAUCCCUCUUAUCGCGAAAGCCGACACCCUGACCCCCGAGGAGUGCCAGCUGUUCAAGAAACAGAUCAUGAAAGAGAUCCAGGAGCAUAAAAUCAAAAUCUAUGAAUUCCCGGACACAGAGGACGACGAGGACAACAAGCUGAUCAGAAAGAUUAAGGAGAAGAUGCCGCUGGCCGUCGUCGGCAGCAACGUGGUGAUCGAGGUGAAUGGGAAGAAGGUCCGAGGACGGCAGUAUCCGUGGGGCGUCGCUGAAGUGGAGAACGGCGAACACUGUGACUUCACCGUGCUGCGCAACAUGUUGAUCAGAACCCAUAUGCAGGAUCUGAAGGACGUCACCAACAAUGUCCACUAUGAGAAUUAUCGCAGUAAGAAGCUGGCAGCUGUCACCUGUAACGGAGUCGACACCACCAAGACUAAAGGACAACUCACCAAGAGUCCUCUGGCUCAGAUGGAGGAGGAACGCCGCGAACAUGUGAUGAAGAUGAAGAAGAUGGAGGCGGAGAUGGAGCAGGUGUUUGAGAUGAAGGUCAAGGAGAAGAAGCAGAAGCUGAAGGACUCGGAGGCCGAGCUGGAGCGACGCCACGAGCAGAUGAAGAGGAACCUGGAGGCUCAGUACAAAGAGCUGGAGGAGAAGAGGCGAGUGUUCGAGGAUGAGAAGGCCAACUGGGAGGCUCAGCAGAGAAUCCUGGAGCAGCAGAAACUCGACGCCUCCAAGACGAUGGAAAAGAACAAGAAGAAAGGAAAGAUCUUCUGAAGAGACGUCUCGCUUCAGAGUUUCCACAUUUAUUCCUUCAUCCCCUCUGAAGUUCACGUGGUCCUCAGAGAACACAAACGCAACACGACCCUCAGCUCUACACAACAUUCACACACAUCUACACACAAACACAGCCUCUCUGCAGGGUUUACCGGAUCUUCGUCUUCAUGGGGAGUGCAUGUGUUUGUGAAAUUCUAUUUUCCUAUAUUUCCUGACAAGGAGGAGAAGCCGAGUUUCCUCCGAGCCGACGGUCACGGCGACCCACAGCCAUCUGUACUCAUGUCGUAGUUCUGUAGUGUCGUAGAUCCGCAGCUUUCUUCAACUCUUCUCCAACGUUUCACACGUCUGCACAUGUUUAAAACACUCCGGAGCGAGUCGGUGGGAGGGUAAAGUGCACGUGGACGAAGGUUUCUGGAUCGGGUGGAGUUGAGGCCCGGUCACACCUGAACGGACGGAAAAUUAGCCACCGUUAGCCUGCAAGCUAGCCGCUACCAUGCUACCACUGCUCACCCCACUGCAGCUUCUAUAACUUCUUGUCUUUUGUUGAUCCUAGAAGUUUACUAACUGUAAAUUAGUCAAGAAACAGUUACUGAAAUGAGUGAAAUAGAAAAAAAAGUUAAACAAUAAGCCUGUAAUUAAACUUAUUGUCUACGUCCUUUUGAGUAAAAUAAUGUUUCUCCUGUUAGCAACGAAUGAAUAAAAUGAUCGACGCUUUGCAAAAUAGUUUUAUUCAAACGACGUGUGCUAACAUAGCUUUGUUCUUUCAUUAGCAAAUACGUUUGCUGAAUAAAUGAAUACCUUAUAAUAAGAAAAUACGUAUUUAGGCUAAAAUAGCACGUUUGCUAGUAAAACUUGUUUUCACGUUUGCAGGUACAUCUCCCCAAAUUAAGCAUUUUCCAGUUAAAAAAUAAAAUCCUGAAAAACAAUAGGUUUGCUAAUAAAACUUGUUUUUUUGUGCUUUUUUUUAUUAGAAAUGACAUCUUAAACAAUAGGCUUGCUAACAAGCUAAGCUAUAUGCUAAUAAAGUUACGUGCUAACAUAGCUAACAUAGCUUAGCAAAACACCUUUUCCAAAUAAAUCAAUAACUUUUAGUCAGAAAAUACGUCUUUAGGCUAAAGUAAUACGUUUCCUAGCCAAACUUGUUUGCGCGUUUGUAAGUACACCUUCCCAAAUUCAGUGUUAUUCCAGUUAAAAAAUGUGACCCUGAAAAAAGGAACUUUGCUAAUAACAAGCUAAGCUAUGCGCUAACAAAGCUACGUGUUAACAUAGCUUAGUUUUUUUCAUUAGCAAAACACAUUUUCCAAAUAAAUCAAAAAGUUUUGAUGGAAAAUGGAAAAUACUUAAUUAGGCUCAAGUAAUAUGUUUGCUGAUGUUUGCAAGUUCAUCUUCCCAAUUAAAAUGUUUUUCUAGUUAAAAAAUGCGACCCUGAAAAGAAACAAUAGGUUUCCUGAUGGAACUUUUUUAUUAUUACAAAUCUUAUCUUCUAAGUUAAACAACAGGCUUGCUAACAGGCUAAGGUAUCUGCUAAUAAAGUUACAUGCUAAGUUUAAAGCUCUUUCAUUAGCAAAACACAUUUUCCAAAUAAAUCAAUAACUUUUAGUCAUCUUUAGGCUCAAGUAAUACGCUUGCUAAUGUUUGCUAGCAAAACUUGUUUCCACAUUUGUAAAAUAAAGUGUUAAAAGAUACGACCCAGAAAACAAACAACAGGUUUGCUAAUAAAACUUGUUUUGCUGUACUUUUAUUUUUUAUUGGAAAUGGUGUUUUCUAAGUUAAACAACAGGCUGCUAGCAAGCUAAGCUAUGCACUAACAAAGCUACAUGCUAAGUCUAAAGCUUAGUUUAUUCAUUAGCAAAACACAUUUUCCAAAUAAAUCAGUAACUUUUAGUUAGAAAAUACAUCUUUAGGCUUAAAUAUUAUGUUUGCUAGUGUUUGCUAGCAAAACUUGUGUCAAAUUUGCAAAUAAAAGAAACAAUAGAUUUGCUAAUGGAACUUUUUUUUUUAGAAAUGACAUCUAAGUUGAACAAUAGGCCAGCUAGCAAAGCUAUGUGCUAACAUAGCUUCGUUCUUUCAUUCGCAAAACACAUUUUCCAAAUAAAUCACUAACUUCUCAUCAGAAAAUGUGUCUUUAGGCUAAAGUGAUAUGCUAAUGUUUGCUAGCAAAACUUGUUUACACAUUUGCUAGUACAUCUUCCAAAUUAAAUGUUUUUCCAGGAAAAAAAUAUGAAUUGCUAAUGGAACUUGUUUUCUGGUUAGCAAAUAUAUCCUUUGAAUUAACAAGUUUCCCUUAUUAGAAAACAAGACUUUUUAAAAUAAGAACACAAGUUAGAUAUCAAAAUUUGUUAACAAACAUAGCUAAAAAACGUAGUUAUCUCAUUAGCAAAUAGGUUUUUUUCAACAGUAUUAUAAAAAAUGUUUUUAUCAAAACAUGGGAACAGAACUUUCUCUGUGCUAGCCAAUACAUUUUCAGGCUAAAUGAACAAUUUAAUGGGUAAAAAACACAACAUUUGCUAGUGAAAGUUAUUGUGUUUUUAGCAAAUGCUUUUUUGCAAUAAUUCAAAAAAUGUCUCGAUGAAAAAAAGACACUUUUAGUUUGCUAAAAGAACCAGUUUUCCCAUUAGCAUCUUCCUGGCUAAAAUAUGCCUCCAGUUAAAACAGUGAGUUUGCUAAUGGACCUUUUUUUCAUGUUAGCAAAGACUGGUUUGAAUACAGUAAUAGUUGUACCUUCUUCACUGAUAAAAUGAUACAUUCGCUCAAUAAAACAGGUCUUUUAAUUCAUUCUUUUUUGGUAAACGUUGCAAAGUUUCAGUGUAAAACUAUUGCUGGGUGUGACCGGGCCUUCAGUCGGGUUUCCUGUGCAGCAGCAGGUGUGUUUUAUUAAAGCUGUGUUUGAGGAUAAACAGUCGGAUGGAGUGUUUGUCAUUGCGGCGUGUUUCCUGUUCGAAAUAGACGACAUUAUGCAAAAUCGGUGUGUGAAAACGUUCCAGGUGACAGUGAUUACAAAGAUGUUUUAUAUUGUGACGUGAGUGAUGGAUGUUGUCAUAGACCUGAACCCUGAUGUCCGGACUUCCUGUGGCUAAAAAAACCACCAAAACAAGGACAAUUCAAUCUUAAUUCCAACUCGGGUUUAUAAUAUUCCACAUGAAACAUACCAGAAUAUAUAAAGUUCAAGCGGUUGAACCUUUAAUGAACCUCUUUUUCCCAGAGUUGUCAUGUUUUAUUUUCAUAUGAUAUUAAUAAUUCUCUAUGUACGGUUGAAGAACAACUCCUUAAACCCCUCGUAGUUUUCUUAACUGUUACUUUAGAUUAGUUUUUCUCGAACUGCCUGCGGUCUUCAUUUAAAAUGCACAAAGGGACGAACCUUAAAAACCUUCAGCACAUAAAAUAUGACCUGUAUGGAUUUUGUUUAUGAUGCGUAUAUUGUGUACAUACUGCCGGCCGCUCCGUGGCCUUUUUCUCGUUUGGUUUCUUCUAUUUUUUUUCCAGAUUAUUAUCCUUGAGGAGUGAAUCAUGUGAAACUCAUCUUAAGUUUUGUCUAAACAUCUAUGCCAACGAGUUCUCAGGACCGAGUCGCUCCGUUUGACCCGACAGAAGCAGUUCUGUGGUCCUACAAGGUCCAAACAGGGACUGAAUCUUUCUUGUCGAACCACUCGCCCUUCCAAUAACACCAAGUUAAAACACACUUCAGUUUAGGUGGAUCAUUUUUUCUUUUUGUAAUAUUUUCUUUUCUAUAUAUAUAAGUAUAUAUUACACACUGUUUUCUGCUUCUCUUCUUUGUUUUAUCAUGAUUCUGUCUCUAACUGUACAUGGUUAAUAUUAAAGUUGACAAGGUUAUGCUUUAA